CUACUAAUGUUAUUGUUGGUUCAAUAUGUGGAAUGUAUUAAAGAUUGUGAUAAGGCUGUUGAAUUUGAAAGUGGAAGAAAGCUGAGAUCAGACUCUAAGAUGAUAGCAAUAGCUUUGACUAGGAAGGGAACUGCCCUGGUGAAAAUGGCAAAAUGCUCUAAGGACUAUGAACCUGCUAUUGAGAUUUUCCAGUAAGCUCUUACAGAGCAUCACAACCCUGACACAUUGAAGGAGCUAGAUGAUGCUAUAAAAGCAAAGAGGGAUCUAGAGCUACUACUAGAGUCCUUUGAUCCAAAAUCUGCUGAUGAGGAACUUAAGAAAGAUGAAAACGGUGAAAAACAAAUAGCAUCAGAGCCUCAUGGUAUGGUGUUUAACGUUGAACCAGUUAAGAUGACUAUUUCAAGUGAACAAAAGAAAAUUGAAAUUGGAGAAAUUGGGAAUUUAGCUUCACAAGAAAGACAACCAGAGCGUAUACAGGUUGAGGAAAUGCAACCACAAGCAUAAGUACUCAAGGAGUGGCAUUUGAUGAUGGAGCAGUUAAGAUCCUUAAAUCUAUUGGAAAGAUGGAAUCAGCAGAUUGAAGACGUUGAGAUGGAACCUGAAGCCAGUGAGCAAUGUGGAUUAUUUCUCAUGCAGGGUGGUUUAGGAUUAACUAAGCCGCCAAAGGAUGAUGAUUGGAAGAACGCCAAAGAGAUUUACUUGAUGGACAAUGAGUUGUCCAUUUAACUGAGAAUCCAAGGUGCCCCAAUCUGUCAGCUUUGUUCCUUCCAAGAAACUACAAACUGAGAACGAUUCCUCCGUCAUUUUUUGAUUACAUGCCAGCCCUUCAAAUCCUGAACUUGUCCAGGACUGGUAUCAAGUCUUUGCCUGAUUCCCUUAUCAGAUUGGUAAGCCUCAAAAGACUGUUUCUAAAUGAUUGUCAUCGCCUCAUGACUUUGUCACCAAAGGUUGGAAAUCUCAAGCUGCUUGAGGUUCUUGAUCUUGAAGGGGCAAAGAUUAUGGAUUUACCUAUGGAGAUUAAGGAGUUAACUAAUAUGAAAUGCUUGGAAGUUUCAUUUUACGGAUAUAUGAGUAAUGGUAGGAGAGCCAUGCAGUCAAAUGCAGUGGUUCCUUGUGGGGUAAUUUCUGCAUUGUGUCAGUUAGAAGAAUUGAAUGUUGAUGUGAAUCCAGAUAACGAGCAGUGGGAUGCACAUGUGGACGAUAUUGUUACUGAAGUAUGUACCUUAAAGAAGUUGGAAACUCUUAAAUUCUAUUUUCCAAGGGUGGAACUUUUGAGCACUUUCAGUGGAAUAGCCUAUCACUGUCUCAUUUCAGAUUUACUGUUGGCCGCCAUGUUAAGCGCAUUAUGUCUAGAGUCCCACUUGAUGUUGAAUUUGAGCUAGAACGAUGGGAGAGAUCCUUGAAAUACAUAAAUGGUGUGGGUGUCCCUAGAGAUAUUAAAAAGGUACUCCAACAUGCCACAGCAUUUUUCUUAGACAGGCGUGCAACUGCUAAGAAGCUAUCCAAUUUUGGGAUUCAAAAUAUGGAGAAACUAAAAUGCAUAGUUAUGGGGGAAUGUAAUGAGCUUCAAGUGAUUAUAGAUGAUGCCGAUGGUUAUGAAGGGGAUGAUAGCAACGAAAAUGUAUCUAAAUCCUAUUGUACUGAAAAAAUUGUUCUUGGAUCAAUUGAAUACCUGUAUGUGUAUUAUAUGAAGAGUCUAAGGAGCAUAUGGGAGGGGUCGGUACAGCAAAAUUCUUUGUUUCUUCUCAAGUCCUUGACAUUGCGCACGUCCCCAGUUGACCACAA